CACGAUAAUAAUACAACUCGGUAACAGAAAUGGGGUUACCUUUAUCUUGCUUCUCUCCCCUAGGGUUAUCCCUGCCAUUUCGACCAGUUCUUCUCCCUCUAAUCUUUGAAGCGGCGGAGUUUCAUCUUCAAUGGCGGUUUUCGGACUCUGAAUACGAUCUUAAGAAGCCCUAGCUUUGUAUCUAGGAUGAACUUUGGGUGGUAAUUUUCUGAAAUCACACUCACUUUUAAGGGUCCUCAAGAGUCCGUCAAAUUUGGUUCAGUUCAGACUAUGGAGGCCCCUGUUGUCAGAUCGAGGGGUCGGCCGAGGAAACGGAGGAGAAAAGAGGAUGAAAAUGGGACGGAUGAUGGGAGAUCGGUUCCCGAUUUGAAAAGGCAAGCGGCUGGGACAAGAAGACCGAUAGCACUGGUUGGACGAUAUAUAAUUAAAGAGUUUAAGGGAAGUGGAGUUUUUCUUGGGAAAGUUGUGUAUUACGAGUGUGGCUUAUAUAGAGUCAGUUAUGAGGAUGGUGAUUUCGAGGAUUUAGAUAGCAGCGAAAUUCGUGGAAUGCUUCUCAACGACUGUGAUUUUGAUGAUGAGUUGACUAGAAGGAGGAAUGAAUUAGAUCAAUUGGUGUUGAAGUAUAGUGCCAAGAAAACAGAUGGCACGAAGAACAGUUCUGCUGACUUAAACAAAGUUGUCCUCGGGCUUGAGGCCCUUGUGUCAAGUGAAUUGUCUGGUGGGUUAUUGACUGAACACGACGAGGUAGAUGUUGAGGAGGAUGCUCAUUCAUCAAGCGACGAAAGAGAUUCCGCGUCUGAAGCAGAGAUACCUUCUCUACCUCCUCCACUGCAGUUUCCACCGUCUUCAGGAACUAUUGGGGUGCCAGAGCCAUAUGUCUCUCAUCUUCUGGCAGUCUAUGGAUUUUUGCGGUCAUUCAGCAUUCGCCUGUUUUUAAGUCCGUUUUCAUUGGAUGAUUUUGUUGGUUCUCUUAACUGCCAAGUUUCAAAUACUUUGUUUGAUUCCAUUCAUGUUUCACUAAUGCGUGCAUUGAGGCGUCACCUUGAAACACUUUCAUCUGAUGGCUCAGAGCAUGCAUCAAAAUGCUUGAGGUGUAAUGAUUGGGGUUUGCUUGAUGCAUUGACUUGGCCUGUUUUUGUUGUUCAAUAUCUAGCAAUUUAUGGAUACACAAAAGGACCUGAGUGGAAAGGAUUUUAUGAUGAGAUUUUUAAUGGCGAGUAUUAUUUAUUACCUGUAAGUAGGAAGUUGAUCAUACUGCAAAUUCUUUGUGAUGAUGUUUUGGAGUCUGAGGAAAUGAAAGCUGAAAUGGGCAUUCGUGAAGAAUUAGAAGUUGGGAUGGACUAUGAUGCUCAAGAUAUCCUUUCAGAAGAAAAUUGGCCAAGAUUCCAUCCAAGAAAUGCUAAAACUGCUUGCAAGGAUAAAGAAGCUACAAAGUUUGUUUUAGAAUCUAAUUCUGUGAAGCCACCUGCUAACUCUGUUCUAGAUUUCAGAGACACUAGAAGGACCGAGGAUGCUGAUGUUGACAGAAAUGGAGAUGAAUGUCGCCUCUGUGGCAUGGAUGGGACCUUGCUUUGCUGUGACGGAUGUCCGUCUGCAUAUCACUCUAGGUGUAUUGGAGUGAUGAAAAUGUUUAUACCAGAAGGGCCAUGGUAUUGUCCAGAGUGCAAAAUUAAUAUGAAUGGGUUAAGCAUUGCACGGGGAACAUCACUUAGAGGGGCUGAAUUAUUUGGAAUGGAUCUUUAUGGACAACUCUUCAUGGGUACUUGCGACCACUUACUGGUACUCACUGUCAACAGUGAACUUUGUCUCAGAUAUUACAACCAGAAUGACAUUUCAAAAGUUCUCCAGGUGCUUUACGCUUCUGUUGACCAUAGGCCCGUCUAUUAUGGAAUUUGUAUUGCUGUGUUACAUUAUUGGAAUAUUCCAGAAAGUAUCCUGCCAGUAUCUGUUAGAACUGGAACAGAUGUUAACAAUUCAAGUACAGUGGAAGAUGCAAAGUUCUCUUGUUUAUCAACCACUCCGUUGGGUGAAAAAGAGGAUGCAGCUGUUAAUUUAGUGAAAGUAGAAUACCCUGUAACCAGUGGGAUUGUAACUCAUGGUAAUUACGUGGUUCCAUCUGACUCGCUGGUCACCACUACUAGAGAGGCUUGUGCUUUCGAAAUCAGCAGUGACACUAGAUCUAGGGGUUGCUUUACCAUGAAUACUAUAUUUUCUAAGGAGACUAGAAUGGAGACUGUCAUCUCUGGUGGUCCUGAUGGUCAUCAACGCAGUCUCUUUGAUAUGACCACCAGUCAUGGGCAUGCAAAUGAUAAGCUGUUGCCUUUAACUCUGUCCUUGCGACUUAAAGAAGGCAACCAAACUAAUUCUGUAAAGGUUGAACAUAAUUCAACUAAGGAUUUUGUAUACAUGGGUUUUUCUUUUAAGCCUCAGUCUUACAUUAAUCACUACAUGCAUGGUGAUUUUGCUGCAUCUGCUGCUGCUAAAUUGGCUAUUCUUUCUUCAGAGGAUUCUAGGUCAGAGGGUCAUGUUUCAGAUAAUUUGAGGAAAUUUACAGCUGAAAGCGCUUCUUUGCAAGCAAAAGCAUUCUCAAUGACAGUUUCACGCUUCUUUUGGCCAAAUUCUGAAAAGAAGCUUGUAGAAGUACCAAGAGAGAGGUGUGGCUGGUGUCUUUCUUGUAAAGCCUCAGCCUCAAGCAAGAGAGGUUGCAUGCUAAAUCAUGCUGCCCUGAGUGCCACCAAAAGUGCUAUAAAAGUUUUAAGUGGUCUUUCCACUGUAAGGAGUGGAGAGGGGAUUCUUCCAAGCAUUGCAACAUAUAUCAUAUAUUUGGAGGAAAGUUUACAUGGUUUAAUAGUUGGGCCUUUUCUAAAUGCAAAUUACAGAAAGCUAUGGCGUAAACGAGUUGAACAGGCUAAAACAUUUAAAGCUAUAAAGCCUCUUUUGCUUGAACUUGAGGAAAACAUUCGCACAAUAUCUUUUACUGGUGAGUGGGUUAAGCUGAUGGAUGAUUGGUUGGUUGAAUCUUCUAUUAUUCAAGGUGCUGCAAGUUCUGUUGGAACAAUACAGACACGUGCACCAAGUGGAAGGCGUUACAAGAAACAAUCAGCUAUUGAUGAAGUUACCGCUGAUGUUUCUCAUGAAAACAAUCUUGACUGGUGGUAUGGUGGUAAAUCCAUGAAAAUAUUAUUUCUAAAAGCAGUUUUGCCAAAAUCUGUGGUCAGAAAGGCAGCUCGCCAAGGUGGUUUGAGAAAAAUUUCUGGUAUUUCCUAUGCUGAUGGCUGUGAAAUCCCUAAAAGAAGCAGACAGAUAGUUUGGAGAGCUGCAGUUCAAAUGAGUGGGAAUGCAUCACAGCUUGCACUUCAGGUCAGAUACCUUGAUUUCCAUCUUAGAUGGAGUGAUCUGAUUUGUCCUGAGCAAAAUCUCCAGGAUGGGAAAGGUCAAGAGACUGAAUCCUCUGCAUUCAGAAAUGCUAAUAUCUGUGAUAAGAAAGAAGUGGGGGGGAAACUUUUGUAUGGAGUUGUUUUUGGGAACCAAAAGCAUCUUCCUUCUCGUAUAAUGAAAAACAUUGUUGAAGUAGAACAAUGUCGAGAAGGAAAGGAAAAGUAUUGGUUUUCUGAAGCACGUGUUCCUUUAUAUUUGGUAAAAGAGUAUGAAGAAGGUAUAGAAAAAAUGCCAUCUCAUCAAGAGAAUUUGAAGUUGGAAUCUCAUCAGCAAAGGAGGCGGUUGAAAGCUGUUUGCAAGGAUAUAUUUUUUUACCUUACCUGCAAGAGAGACAGCUGGGAUAUAUUUUCAUGUGCUGUAUGUCAGGUGGACGUAUUAGCUGGGAAUGCUCUCAAGUGCAAUGCAUGUCAAGGUUAUUGCCAUGAGGGCUGUUCUAUAAGUUCAACAUUCUCUACAAACAAGGAGGUUGAGUUCUUAACCACAUGCAAGCACUGUUAUGCCAAAUUGCUUGCCCAAAAAAAGACCAGUGAUGAGUCUCCAACCAGUCCCUUACUCUUGCAAGGACAAGAACAUAGCUCUGUGGCUGUUAUGAAGGGAUCAAGGCCUAAAUGUUAUGAUCAAGUCUUGAAAUCUACCAGUAUCAAGGAUACUUGUCCUGACGUGAAACAAGGCACUCCUGAUUCCUCUCUGGCAACUAAAAGCCGUCGCAGGAUGUCUUCUUGGGGUAUUAUAUGGAAUAAGAAGGCUGGUGAGGAUACAGGCAUUGAUUUCAGGCUUAGAAACAUACUUCUAAAGGGAGGUUCAGGUGCACCUCACUUACAACCUGUUUGUCACUUGUGCCGUAAACCAUAUAGGUCCGAUCUGAUGUAUGUUUGCUGUGAGACAUGCAAGAAUUGGUAUCAUGCUGAUGCUCUUGAACUAGAAGAGUCAAAAAUUUUUGAAGUGUCAGGCUUCAAAUGCUGCAAGUGCCGCAGGAUAAAAUCUCCAGAGUGUCCUUACUCUGAUAAGAAGCCCAAGAUGCAGGAGGGCACUAAGAAACACCGUCGACCAUCAAAGAAGGAUAAUUCAAGCAUCAACAAUUUUGGAGUUAUUUCCGAACCAAAACAGUGUGUGCCUGCUACCCCUAACUUUCCUAUAGGAGAUGAUGGAAUGAGACAAGACAAUUACCCUCUGCUUUACUCUCUUUCAAGUGCUGAGCUGAUAACAGAGCCUAAUACAGAAGUGGAUGUUGAGAGGAAUGCUGUCUCUGGUCUAGGGCUUCAGAAACUACCAGUGAGAAGACAUGUUAAGCAUGAGGGGGAUGGUGAUGAAUCCUUUGGAACAGGUAAUCUGUCAGCUGCAGAGAAGGCAUCAUCUCCUGUGGAAUAUGACCCUGCUGUUUGCCUAGAUAAUAAUCUUCUGAAUGAAUGUGGAAGUGAAAAUUAUGAAUUCAUGGACUUUGAACCCCAUACCUACUUCUCUGUAACAGAAUUGCUGCAGCCAGAUGAUAAUCAGUUUGAGGGAGCUGAUGGAUCUGAGGACUUGUCUGGAUACUUGGAAAGUGUUUCCACUUUGAAUAUGAAUGGCAUUCCUGAAGAAUGUGGCGCUCUUAGUUUAGUUGAAAAACAAGAACCUGCGGCUUAUUUACCAGGCAGUGUUUGUUGUCAAUGCUUGCAGAUGGAACCAGCUCCUGAUCUCUCUUGUGAGAUUUGUGGUCUUUGGAUUCACAGCCACUGUUCACCCUGGGUUGAAUCACCUUCUAGAUUAGGAGCUGGAGGUGCGGUAAUUGUCGGGAAUGGCAAUAGCUGAUUUAUGUACUGAAUGUUGGAUAAUGUUUUCUUCAGCACAGGUGCUUGCAAAUUGAAACCUGACAGAAUUUUAUCAUUAGCCUUGCUGGCUGGCUCAGAGCAUGAUGCUUUAGUUGCCAUAUGUCUCACGGUGAAUGCUUGAAUCAUAGCUAUGGAGCUUGGGCGAGGUUGUGUAUUUGUGCGCUGCAAGAGGUUAAUUGGCUUCUCCAUUGUUUCUAUGGUUUUCUUGGUGACUGCUCAGUAGAUUGAUGUUUCCUCAGCAAUUUGGUCAUUAAGUAGACCCAUAUUUGUCAUUGAGUAAUUCUGUGACUGCCCACAUUAAUUGCUGUUUCCCCGGUGACUUGGUCAUUAGAUAGACCAGUAUUUUUCCUCGAGUACAUUCAGCACGACAUUUAACCUGCAACAUUAGGUUGAUGCACUGGAACGGUGGUAUAUAGCAUUGGCUGAAUUGUUCCAGUCACUUCUGGGAUUUGAUUUUUCAUUUUACGAUUCACAGAAAUUUGCUCCAAUAUUAGUGAGAUAAGCAGGUUUUUAUAGUGCUUAUCUGAUUUAAAAUUUUGUAUAGAUAUACUCAAUUCUAGGAGUUCAAAAUUAGAAGCUUCUCUUCAUCAAAGUUCAUGGUGUAAUUGCCCUUUUGCAGAAUGCUUUACGUAUCCCUUUUUGGCUGUGUUUAGAAACUUAGCUUUUGCGACAGUUGAGAUUGAUAGUGGGACGUAGUUGACGAUUAAUGACCCUGCGGGAACAUUGCGUCAACUGUAGCCGUGGUUUCAUGCGCAUUGUAUUCAGCUACCUAAUCGUAGCGAUUAAAUUAACGGAAUUGCAUUUGAUGCUUAUCAUUUGUGAUGAGCAUGCUCAUCAGAGCCAGGAAUAAUUUUGGCCCUUCA